AGCAGGCAGGAGAACAUAACCGAUGGCCUUCUUGCUCUCUCUCUCUUUUUUUUUCUCUCCCUUCCCUAUCUUGAAAUUUUUUUUUCAGGGUGUAGUUAAAUCUAGAAACACACUGCCGGUCAUAAGGCAUUCGCCGUAGAUACAAGAUUAUUUUUUAAAAUCCUGUUGUGCUAUAUCUUCAUACACUUUUACUUAACAAGUAAGGAUAUAUAAAAACGAAUCUGUACUGCAUAAAACCUGUGGGAAUCAGGCCUGCUUAUCUGAAAGAUGGAUUUUAUCAAACGUCAGCUGAGCAGAAUCACUAGGGUCAAAACCAUACCAGAAGAUCUUCAUGAGACCUCACUUCGUCGAUGCCUAAACACAUUUGACAUCACUCUCUUAGGCAUUGGUCACAUGAUCGGUGCUGGCAUCUAUGUUUUGACAGGAACUGUGGUAAGAGAAAAAGCUGGACCCUCAGCGGUCCUCAGUUUUCUGUUUGCUGGUACAGCAGCCUUGCUUAGUGCAUUGUGCUAUGCAGAGUUUGGUGCUAGGAUACCAAAAGCUGGUUCAGCAUACUCUUACACAUAUGUAACCAUUGGAGAAAUUUGGGGCUUUCUGAUUGGAUGGAAUAUUAUUCUUGAGCACAUGAUAGGCGCUGCAUCUGUGGCCAGAGCAUGGAGUGGGGCCAUGGAUGCGAUUUUUAACCAGGCCAUCCGCAAUGGAACUAUUGAGCAUAUUGGUCGUCUCUCUCAGGAUAAUGAAUGGAUCUCUGAAUAUCCUGAUAUGGUUGCAAUGGGCAUUACAUUGAUAGCAUUUCUUAUUAUUGGGUUUGGUGCCAAGAUUUCUGUCAACUUCAAUAGUGUGUUCACCAUCCUUAAUGCCCUGGUUCUGGCUUUUAUCAUCAUCAUUGGAUUCACAUUUGCAGAUCCCAGCUUAUGGUCUUCUAGCUCAGGUCAUGGAGGAUUUUUUCCAUUUGGAUUUUCUGGAACACUCUCAGGGGCUGCCACUUGUUUCUUUGCCUAUAUAGGUUUUGAAGGUAUAGCCAUUGCCAGUGAGGAGGCCAGAGACCCUGAGAAAAGUAUUCCACGAGCCACAGUUUUGUCCUUGCUAACUGUGACAACCUUGUACCUGCUAGUUACAGCAGCCUUAACCUUGAUGAUUCCCUAUUAUGAGACAAAUACAUCAGCUGCUUUUCCUUUCGCUUUUGAUGAGGUUGGAGCCCACUGGGCUAAAUACAUUGUUGCUGUUGGCACACUCUUAGGGAUCAGCACAUCACUUUUAGGCUCAGCAUUCUCCCUGCCUAGAUCAGUGUAUGCUAUGGCUGAGGAUGGGCUACUUUUUGGCUUCUUCAGCUUUGUACACUCCAAAACUCAGACUCCCAUCUAUGCUGUCAUUGUUUUUGGGGCUUUAUCAGCUCUGAUGGCUUUACUUUUUGAAAUCACUACACUCGUGGAAUUCAUGAGCAUUGGGACCCUGUUUGGCUACACUAUAGUAGCUGCUAGCAUCAUCAUAUUGCGCUACCAGCCUGUCAGUAAAUGUCAAUUUAAGCUCAGAGCUGAAGAAACUCAGACUGAAGCUGCUGAACCAGUGGAUACAUCAGUGGUAAAUGUUUCUGAGACCACACCACUGUCCAAAUCAGACCCAUCUACUCCUGUUAAGACAGAUAAAAGUGGUCUUUUACCAAAGUCGAAAAGCCAUGAUGAUUUUGGACGUCUGAGACAAAACCUAAGGGAGGUGCCUAUUCUGAGGAGAUUUGAGCCAGGAGAUGGAGUCAAGAGUGCAGUUGUGCUCAUGGGACUGUUUAUGGUUGGACUAAUGCUGGUAGUUAUAGAAGGAGCAGAAUAUUUGAGAACUGCUACAUGGUGGGCUGUUUUACUUGUGAUAGUGUUUAGUCUACUGAUAGUCAUCUUCUACUUGGUGAUAGUGGCUCAUGAGAAGAAUGAUGCUUUUCUCACAUUUCAGAUUCCAUUUGUUCCACUCAUUCCUGCUUUGAGUAUGCUGAUAAACAUUGCUCUCAUGUUGUCUUUGACAUAUUUGACAUGGUUACGGCUGGUCAUCUGGAUCACAGUGGGCUUACUUCUGUACUUUGUCUAUGGUAUCCAUUAUAGUAGAGAGAACAAAAAGAUUCAAGGCUAUGGACCAAUGGUUGAGUACAAAGGAGAUGCAGCCUUACCUGAAAGUACAAUGUCUGGAAUGACAGAAGAGGUUAAGGAGUUGCAGCCACCUCGAAAAGAUGAGGGACUGUAUCAACAAUAACUUUUGAAAUUAAUAGAUCUGUAUAACUGCAUGUAUGUAGUUUGCAGUGGAAACAGCGCAUGCUUUCAGCAUGUUGGAAGCUAUCAGUUUACCUUUCAUUGAUUCUGCUUCAAAAGAAUGGUUUAUGUGACACUCUGUUUUCAAAAUGGUUUUCAGUUGCUGUCAUUAUUUGCCAAAAAAGGAAAGGGGGUGGGGGGCUGGAAAAGCAAGAAAAAUUUCAUUUGCCUUUAAAAUUUUAUGUUGUGCUUUUUUUUUGUGAACCAAUAGAACAUAUUUCCAAAACUUGUUAAAAGUCCAUUUUUAAAUGCCAGAAGUGAGGUUGUGUUGUUUUUUUUCUGAACAGAGUAGUACCUUGAUUAGUAAUGCAUCUAUAGUGAUUCUGAUACAAAUACAUAGGAUAGUUGAUUAAAAAACUAAAUGAUAGUACACAAUUUCUGCCACAAAGUAUUUUGCCUUCAAGCAUAAUCCUAGAAACAAAAAUCUAAAUUUAUUUUAUCAGACUUUGUUAAUAAAUGUAUUUUGCAUUAUUAUUUCAUUAUCAUUAUUGUUUUUUUUUUUAAUAGUGCCUCUUCCAUGCUCCCAAAGAUCAAUCACUUUUGUGACAUGUGGAGGUAAUUGUGGGAAGGGUUCAUGCUGCCUUUAGGUGCACAACAAAAAAACAAAACAUCUUAACAUGUGUCUCUGAUUCUUAUUCUAGCCAUGUCAGGUUGCCAAGCAGGCUAUGCCACUCAAUUACACAUUAUAACUAAAAUUUUUCCUUUAAAAAUAUUUUUCCUUGAGAUUUGAAAAGCAUUUUCUCCACUUGCUUACUAAGAGCAAAAAUAAACAUGUAAAACCGUAACAGCUGUUAAACUUUCAAACACGUUUACAUUAAAAUAUUUGAUUUAUAAAAAGUUAAGUACCCCCUUUCAGACCUUGCAGUCUAUAUGGCAGCUGAUGUAAAGGUCAUCUGUUACUAUGGCCUACGGUUUACGAGAAUGGUGUCAUAUCCAUAUGGCCAACACAACAACCUAACGUCUUUCUCCAACUUAAGUCAAAUACCCAUUAGAUUUGGGUGGACUCAGGGGUUACCUUAAAAUCCUGAAUUAAAUAUCACAGUCUUCACUAAAGUUUGAAUCUGGGACCUCUUGUUUCAGAAGCCUAGCACUUUUAUUUAUACAUUUUUAUCUUAUAAACUUAAAAAUCUUUAAUAUUUUAACCAAAGGACCCAGGAAACAUCAAUUAUUAAACACUGAGUCUCUAAAUCUAUUCUUUAAAAAAACUAUACACUUCACAGCUUAACCCAAAUUUAAUGUCAUAAAAGACAUAAAUAAAAGUCAACCUUUUGCCUGUCAGUCAUAAGCCUAUCUAGAUCUAGAUUUAUUGUACUUUUUCAUUGAUCAAGGCUUUUUACAACUUGAGCUAAUCUGAUUACUAGAGGUAGUAGUCUAGUUAACACCAUUCUUGGUAGCCCUGGAAGCAAAUUUGAAAACAGUUCAUUCAUUGUAACACCCUUUCACUUUUUUUAUUUUAUAUCAAUGGAUUUUCUAAGAUGAAAAUACCAUUAUGUUGCUUCUGUUUUGCUCUGCAAUGUAAAAUGACUUCUAAAAGCAACUCUAUAGUCUACUGCUUGAUAAGAAAAGUAGACAUUGUUUCUUAAUGAAUUCAACAAUGGGUAGAAAAAAAAUCUUCCUUAUUUUAGCAAUAUUUAUUUUGUAUUGUAUGUUCUAACUUGUUUUUUUUGUGUGUAUACAAUUUUGUUCAAUGAAUAUGUAUGUUAUGUUGGUUUGCAUUCUAGUCAUAAUAUCUUUAUUGAUGUGUAAUAGUUUUGAAUCAUUUUACUUUGCAAUUUUUUAUCAAUAUAAAUUUACAAAAUGUGUGAGAUUUUUAUUUUGUUUUGUGUUUAAAUUGAGUGAAAUCCAUAUAACAAACCAAAAAAGAUGAUUACCUGAUGAUGUUCCUUUGUUAUGAAAUGCCGAUAAUUUUUCUAUCAGGGAUGUAAAUUGUUGGAAUAGUUUUAAUAAGUCCUUUAAGUAUUGAAAAUUAUUUUUUUAAAUAGAAUUUUGGCUGAAUAAAUAAAAAUAAGUUAAAAAUAUGCAUUGAAAUUUUAAGCAGCGAUAUAAGCGUUUCAUUGUAAUCAUAUUUCACAUACUAAGAUGAUAUAUUAGGAUCUAUUAAUGAUUUUGAACUCAUGCUACACACAUUUUAUAUACAACUAUUUUACUUUCAGCUCAUCGUCACUAAAAUUUCAGCAUGUACAUUAUUGAUGUUAUUAUUUUCUUUUGGUUUUAUGUUACUGUCAAAUCAAAUCUUGUUAAUACUUGUAAAUCAUUAACUUUAUCAUUCUGUUCAUUUCUCUUACUUAACACUAGUUACUGUUUGUGAUGAAAGAUGACUUUGGUUAAUUUUUGUGGAUGCUUCUGUGAUAUACAAAUCAAAUAUUUAUUGCUGUAAUACUUUGAACAGUUUAACUCAUCCUGUUGUGUGGUUCAGUGUUGUGAUGUUGUUUCCCUUGUGCAUUAUUCCACAGCAAGUUCCACUGUAAACAGUUUAUUUGGUUUUGGUGCUACAUGAAUCAAUAUUUUAUUUUGUCUAUCAAUGCAGUUACAUUAUUUUUCUUUUCGAGUCCAGUCUUAUUAUUUUAAAUUGGAAAUGAUCUAAUUACUAAGACAAAGUUAGUAUUUCUAUUUUAGUUUGUGCUUGCUUGUUUUGAAUAAAAAUUAAAUGACUUAAAUAUUCAGUAACUAAAUUUAUGUUUUACUCUAAUCUGAAACUAUUUUUUUUAAAUAUUUAGUAAGUGAUUAUAAUGUAUAAUUACCUAGUCUCAGCUGGCAUUUACUUAUUUCAGCAGUUUUUAUUUUAGAUAGCAUUUUACACAUUUCUUAUUAUAUGUACAUUUUAAAAUUUCCACAGUAAUUGUACUAUUUUUGUAAAGAGAAGUGUCCAAGAUUGUUUUACUAAAAAUUACUAUGUGAUUUGGUCAAACAUUAACUGAAUUUAACAAAAUAUUAUUUCCCAAUUUAAACCAGAUUUUCUAAACUGAGGUUUAAAUACUUUGUCAUGUGUGCCACUACUUUAGGGCCUGAGGUGAAGAUUUAUUGAUAAAACUUGUAGAGCAACAAUUGGAUUAGUAAUUGUGAGCAACUUUUAAAAAGAUUCAUUUUAACAAUGUUUCUCUUUGACCCACACAAAAUAAACUUUUUAUCAAUGUCUUCAUUUUUUUUCCUGUGACAGAUCCUACUUUAAUGACAUUCUAUAAUGUCAGCCCUUACAUCAAAUUAAUUUGAUACAUAAAUAGUGUGAGCAGGCUAUUAUUAGUGCUCUGUUUCACUUUAUACAAAAAAUACAUGAUGUCAAAGAUAUGUAUUGAUUUUCACUUUAGCUAGGCAUACUGUAAUAGGUACAUACUUGAAACUAAUAAAGUACAACAUUGAGAAAGACCUACAAGGGACAGAUUAUCUUACUGUUAUCCCUCAACUUUUAGCCACUAUCACAUCACUUUUUGUAAACUUAAGAUGCCCAGACUAAUGUCCAACAUUGAACAUUCAUCUCAGAAGAAAUGUUGAGAAUAGAAUGAUUACA